CAUAUUUAUUUUCAGCUUUGCGGAACACAGUUUUGUUGAAGAUUAAAACAAAUUUUUAGAGAUUCUGAUCCUUUAAAAAAACCUGGCGUGGAGAAUUGGAGAUCAACAUUGGGGACUUGCUUCGCACAACGUGCGAUAUUGAUUUCCGCGUUGAAAUUCAACCGCAGCCGCCCGCACCUCCACCCACUGAGCACGCACACAUACACCGCGACGAAAAACAAUUUUCCGAAGGCAAUUAAAUACGGUUGGAGUCCGAUAAAGAGCGAUUAACAUGGCGGAACGCGAACGCAGCAUUCACGAGAUGCUGAAAGAUGCACCCUCGCUGAACGAUAGCUGCGGGGCUGUGCACACGGGCACCGAAGGCGGCAGCAUGGUCAUUGGAAGCUCCAGUAGCCACAGCAUUGGCGGCGGUGGAGGUGGCAUAGUUGGAACCGGCGGCGUUAGUCCCUUCAGUGCCCCCAACAGUUUGCCAUUGCGAAAUCAUUCAGCACCCACCACACCGAUGUCGCCGAUAAGCCCGCCUUCUGGCAAUGGGAUCCUCAGUCCCACAGACAGCGGGAGCGGCAGCCUCAUACGCACAAGCGCUUCCAAAAUCGACAGCCUUAAGAAUUGGAGCAUAUCCACAUACAAGUGUACGCGCCAGAUUAUGCUGGAGAAGCUGGGCAAGUCACAGCGAACGGUUGACUCUGAGCUAGAGGCUCAGAUCGAGCAGCUGCGCGAGACGCAGCGCAAGUAUCUGUCCAUUUUGCGGCUUACGCGCGCCUUCAGCUCGCACUUCCAGCACGUGGUCGUCACCCAGCACGCGUUGGCCGAUUCGUUCGCCGAUCUGGCACAGAAGAACCCAGAGCUUCAGAAGGAGUUUACCUGCAACUCUGAGACUCAGCGUAAUCUGACCAAGAACGGGGAACUGCUGUUGAAUGCGCUCAACUUUUUCAUAUCGUCGGUAAACACGCUGUGCAACAAGACGAUCGACGACACUCUGCUGACGAUACGACAAUAUGAAACAGCCAGAAUCGAAUUUGAUGCCUACCGCAUGGACUUGGAGAACACAAAGCCGGAGCUGACGCCAUCGGCCGCAACUCUAGAGGAAACUCAGCGCAGCUAUGCGCAACACAAGGAGCAGUACGAGAAACUACGCUCUGACGUGGCCGUUAAAAUGCAAUUUCUUGACGAAAAUCGCAUUAAAGUGAUGCACAAGCAACUGAUCUUGCUGCAUAAUGCCAUCGCAGCGUACUUUUCCGGCAAUGCCAUGGCCCUGGAAAGCACUCUGAAGCAGUUCAAUAUCAAGCUUAAGUCACCCAAUGCCGUCACCGGAUCCUGGCUGGAACAGUAGUCGUAUCUGACCCUCCUACACUCGAAGAACCCUUUCGGACGGCAUCUAAACGCAUCUAAUUGGGGUAGCAGUGGCCUCUUCUCCGCCGCUCACUUGCUGAACGAGCACGCUCUCUAAAAGAAUCCAAAGUUAAAAAGUCCAAGCCCAGGCAUGCACGAACAGCAUUAUUUACGUGCUAAGUUUAAGUCGAAUUCCUAAGCCGUAAGCAGAAAGUGGUAAAGUGUAUGUUAUAUACACAUAUAUAUAUUUUUCCAGCCGCUUUCCCCUGUAUGUAACUCUG